UAGGGUAGAGUGGGGUUAACUGAACAGGUAGGUUAACUGAACACAUCGAUGUUCCUGCCAUCUAGUAAUGAUGAAUUAAACUUGAUUUUGCCUUAAAGCGUCUUUUGUUACGUGUGUUGACACUGUUCGGUGCAGAUUUCUUUUAAGUCGGUUCUAAUCUCGUAAAUCAGCAAACAUAUUUUUAAUGGCCGCCACGUAAAAUUUGUGCUCCCAAGUUUUUUUGUGUUACAGUUAGCAAAAUAGAGUUUUUAAAUUGGUUUGACGUAUAUUUUGUUCCAAAUAUGCCAAGAAAAAGACUACGUACUACCAAUAACAGAUCAUAUAGUGUAGCAGAUCUUAGACAAGCAUGUGAAGAAGUCCUGACACAUGGUCGAACAACUCGAAGUGUUGCACUUCAGUUUAAAAUCCCAAGAAUUACUUUAAAAAGACACUCCAGUCAAAGAGAACAUAGAGGAAGAAGCAAGACUUCGAGAAGAAAAAGCACAAAAAAAACCAAAAGAACUAACAAGAAAAAAGAGGCAGUAAAAAGACGUAUUCUAGAAGACAGCUCUUCUGAUGAUGACAGUGUUAUCUAUGAAGAAAGCUCGGAUUCUUUAGAAGAAUUUGAUGCAUAUGACGAUAGUCCACAAGCUGUGACAAAAGGCGAUUUUGUAAUCGUGAAAGUGUAUGGGCAAAAUAAAUUAAAUGUUGGUGAAAUUAUUCAUGCUGUAAAUGAUGGUUUUGAGGUUCAGGAGAUAGCGCCAAUCAAAGUAUCGUUCGAAGAAAAAAUUAUGGGUGGUCAAGAAGAACCAGAUCAGACAUUAACGUACAGAGAGCACAAAAUAUCUUCAGGAGGAGAUAAUUCAAAAUCAGAAGCCAAUAUUAAAAAUACGAGCCGAAAGCCUGAAAUAAGAAAGGAUCACUUUAGAAAUGAUAGAUAUUUAAUGAAAAAAGAUUUUUGCUAUAUUUGCAAGAUAGAUGUGAUAGACUUCAUGACACAUUUAAAAAACAAUCAUCAGGAAGAUGAUGACGUCAGGAUCAUUUUUGCGUACCAACCUAAUACAACAUUGUCAAACAUUUUGAUUCAAAGGUUGAAAGAGAAAUGGAACAGUCUCAAAAAUAAUUCCAAUCAUACGAAUGAUUUUCCGGUAAAUCAUGAUAGCAAUGGUAACUCCACGAUUGACUGUUCUGCUACGGAUAAGCCUGGUCUUCAGCUGGUUGAAGAUCGUAAAAUAAGUAAAUCCUGCAUGUUAUGUAAAGGGGCGUCAGAGACAGGCACCGAAAAUAAGAAUGAAGAGCUUGUAAAAUCAAAUAGAGUAGCCGAAAAUUAUAUACCCAUGAUUAAAAGAAAAAAUAUGUUCAAUAUAUCUAAAUCAAAUCGCAGAGUCAAAUCUGCUUAUCACGAAUUUAACACAUUGAACUCAAAUGAAAGCGAAUUUAAGAAAAGUAGAAAAAAUAGCUCGGUAAUAGUAAAACAGUACUGUUUAUUUUGCAAGACGGAUGUGAGGGACUUUUUGAGACAUCUAUGGGUCAACCAUCGCAGGUUCAACACAGUAAGGCAAAUUUUCAAGUUUCCAGUCCAUAGCAAGUCACGGGAGAUUCUCGUUAACAGGUUAAAGGAAAAAUGGAACAGUCUAUAG